UGCCUCUUUCUAUAAAUACCGUGCUCCAACUUCUCUGUCAUACAACAGCCUCUUGCAACCCAAUUAAUAUUAUAUCCAACAAACUCUCCCCUGUUUCUUUACAUCACUCAACGCACCAAUCACGAAAAUAACAAAAACAUUAAGAUCAGUUGGAAGGCAACAAACACCACUUCAUUCAACUUUGGGGUAGUGCUUAAAAACAAGAAGAUACUUGCAAGCUAAUAAAUAAAUAUUCAAACAAAAAUGGUGUGUUUUUGCUUCCUAGUGGAUCAACAACGACAAGUAAGGCGGAGCAAACCAGCAGCAGGGACGUGCACGCGGUGUGGCGGCGGUGCUAGUGUUGCAGACAUGAAGACAGCCACUAGGUUCUGCCAUGUACCCUUCUACUGGAAGUCUUGGAGAGCCAUUAUAUGUACAUUUUGUGGCUCAAUUCUUAGAUCUUAUCAUUAAAAUUUACUUUUAUUACAUUAAUUUGAUGUCCCUUUUCCAACAAGAGUUUGGUUAUAUAUGAUAUAUACAUUCAUCCUGA